UCAGCCACGGUCUGGAUUAAUUGCUGUAAAAUCUCACAAUUACGCAACCAGCUCGUGUUUCCGAAAUGAUACCACAUGAUUUCAGCUGUCCAUCAUAAAACAGUGAUUUUCUAUCGAUCGCGUUUUUGACUGGGGACGAGUGAGAGUGCGCGCGUUUAACUAUCAUUACGGUAAUAUCAGGUAAAUGAAAGAGUACGACAACAAUAGCGAAGCUGCGCUAACCCCAGCGGGUUUUCUGCUCAGCAAUAUUUGAGGUCUGUUCCACCAUACCACACAGUGAUGUUCAGUGAAACCAUGAAUGAAGUUGAGGAGAAACAUCAGUGUCAGAACGCUCAGAAUCUUUUAAUGCUAGAAAUGUCUUCGAGUAGUGGGGAGAAGAACGAGAUUUUCUCAACGAAAAGAAAGCAAAUCACAGAAGAUGGGAAGCCUCUCAUCUGCCCUCAGUGUGGAAAGUGUUUCAAAUACAGAUGUCAUUUUGAGAGCCACACUAGAACUGACACCGGGGUGUGCCCAUACACAUGCCCCCAGUGUGGAAAGAGUUUCAAAGGUAAAUCAAAUAUUAAGGCACAUAUGAGAAUUCAUACUGGAGAGCGCCCAUACGAAUGUUCUCAGUGUGCAAAGAGUUUCAAACACAAAAGUCAGUUUGAGGGACACAUGAGAAUUCACACUGGAGAGAGCCCAUACACAUGUCCUCAGUGUGGAAAGAGUUCCACAAGUAAAUCAAAUCUUGCAGCACAUAUGAGAAUUCACACUGGAGAGCGCCCGUUUGUAUGUCCUCAGUGUGGAAAGAGUUUCAGAAAUAAAUCAAAUCUUGUGAUCCAUACGAGAAUUCACACUGGAGAGCGCCCAUAUGUAUGUCCACAGUGUGGAAAGAGUUUUAAACAAAAAGCAACGCUUGAGGAGCACUUGGUAAUUCACACUGGAGAGUGCCCGUACACAUGUCCUCAGUGUGGAAAGGGUUUUAGACAGAAAAACAAUCUUAAACUGCACUUGAGGAUUCACACUGAAGAGCGCCCAUACACGUGUACUCAGUGUGGAAAGGGUUUCAAACGCAAAGCAACGCUUGAGAUGCACAUCAGAAUUCACACCGGAGAGCGCCCAUACACAUGUCCUCAGUGUGAAAAGAGUUUUAGACUGAAAAUAAAUCUUGAGGAGCACUUGAGAAUUCACACUGGAGAGCGACCGUACACGUGUCCUCGGUGUGAAAAGAGCUUCAGACGCAAAUCGACAAUUAAUCAGCACAUGAGAACUCAUGCUGGAGAAUCUGUUCCACCAUACCACACAGCCAAGAUCAGCGAAGCCCUGAAUGAAGUUCGGGAGAAACCUCCGUGUCAGAAUCCCCAGAAUCUUGUUAUGCUAGUAAUGUCUUCAAGUAGUGGGCAGAAGAACAAGAUAUUCCCAACAAAAAGAAAGCAAAUCACAGAAGAUGGCAAGUCUCUCAUCUGCCCUCAGUGUGGAAAGAGUUUCAAAUACAUACGUCAUUUUGAGGGCCACAUGAGAACUGACACCGGGGUAUUGCUAGAAAUGUCUAGUAGUUUGCAGAGGAACAAGACUUUCUCUUCAAAAAUAAAUCAAAGGAGGAAAGAAGACGAGCCUUUCACCUGCCCUCAGUGUGGAAAGAGUUUCAAACAGAAAAGUCAUCUUGAGGUGCACAUGAAAAUUCACAGUAAAGAGCGCGGAUACCCGUGUCCUCAAUGUGGAAAAAGUUUGACAAGGAAAUCAUCGCUUAAGGUGCACUUGGGAAUUCACUCUGAAAAGCGCCCAUACACAUGUCCUCAAUGUGAAAAGAGUUUCAAAUGGAAAUCAUCACUUAAAAAGCAUGUGAGAAUUCACAAUGGAGAGCGCCCAUACACAUGCCAUCCUUGUGGAAAGAGUUUUAUACAGAAAAAUCAUCUUAAUGUCCACAUGAGAAUUCACACUGAAGAGCGGCCAUACACAUGUCCUCAGUGUGGAAAGGGUUUCAAACGCAAAACAACGCUUGAGCAGCACAUGAGAAUUCACACUGGAGAGCGCCCGUUUGUGUGUCCUCAGUGUGGAAAGAGUUUCGCACAGGAAAAUAAUCUUAUAGCACACGUGAGAAUUCACACUGAAGAGCGGCCAUACACAUGUUCUCAGUGUGGAAAAAGUUUCAAACGCAAAUCAGCGCUUGCGGAUCACAUGAGAAUACACACUGGAGAGCGCCCAUACGUAUGUUCUCAGUGUGGAAAGAGUUUCAUACAGAAAUCAAAUAUUGAGACGCAUAUGAGAAUUCACACUGGAGAGUGCCCAUACACAUGUCCUCAGUGUGGAAAGAGUUUUACAAGCAAAAGUAAUUUUGAGGGACACAGGAGAGUUCACACUGGAGAGCGCCCGUACGCAUGUCCUCAUUGUGAAAAGAGUUUCAAACAAAAGGCAAGUCUAGAGUUGCACAAGAAAAUUCACACUUGAGUGUCUUCGAACAUGCGUUUAACGCGGAAAGAGUUGUUACCAUAAGAGUAAGAAAAUCAUGAGUUUGUUUCUCCAUGCUUCCAAUGCAUUUAGGUCACACAGUAAUUCAGAGCUAUAUUUAUGCUCUACAAUGCAAAAUGUACUGUAUUAAGGAUAAAGCUAGUUACAAAUGGGGAAUUAGAUGUGAUGCAGAGUGACUAAAUCUUGUUGUUUUCUUAGAAUCUUUAUUUUAUAUUCACAGUUCUCACCUGCACGAAACAUGAAGUCAUCAGUCUUAAAGGGAUAGUUUACCCACAAAUGAAAAUGUUGUCAUCAUUUACUCGCCUUCAGAUACAAAUCUCUACACAUUUCUAAGUUCUGCUGAAUGCAAUGGACAAUAUUUGGAAGAAUGUCAGUAACCAAACACAUCCCGUCCCCCGAUUUACUGGCAGAGUAGGGAAAAUACAUACUGUGUGGGAGACAAUUGGAAAUGAUAUCUGUUUGGUUACUGACUCUCUUCCAAAUAUCUUUGUUUGUGUUCAGCAGAACAAAGAAAUGUAUCCAGGCUUGGAACAACCUGAGUGUGAGUAAAUGUUGACAGAACUUUCAUUUUUGGUUGAACUCUCCCUUUAAGAUAAUAAAACACUUAAUCCCUGUGUGACUGAUAGAUUCUGUAUAAUUUAUAAAAAAUAUUCACAAACACCUGUCCUUUGUGGUUGUUUAACAUCUCUCACCAUUUAAUACAUCUAAUAAUAUAAAAAUAAAUAAUAAAAAGUCAGACCGCGGGAUUUCAGUUGUAAUCAUGAAACAUCAGCGAUCUCGUUUUUGACUGCGGACAAGUGGGAGUGCGCGUGUAUAACUAUCAUUAAGGCAAUAUCGGUCAACGAAAGAGUUUGCGGCCCGUUUAACAGUAUUUACGGUAAUAUCAUUACACUGGAGAGCGCCCAUACACAUGUCCUCAGUGCGGAAAGAGUUUCAUACAAAAAACUAGUCUAGAGUUGCACAAGAACAUUCACACUGAACAGCGUUCAUGAACAUGCCUUCAGUGUGGAGAGAGUUUUCACUCUAAAAUGUAGAUUUGCUGUUAAUCAACCAAUCAAGAUGUUGACAUUAUUU